UAAGUAUUUUGAAAUUUUUAAUAGGGCGAAUUCCUACAGAAACUAGGGUAAAACCAAAAUCGUAAGUGGAAACACUGAAACUAUUCAAAUUCAAAAUAAACAAGUUUUGCAAUGGUCUUGACUUUAUUUACAAUUAUUUUUCAAUUUACUUUAAUUUAAUAAAUGGAAUAUUUAUAUAUUUUGACUAAAUGUUACUAGGAGUCAAUAAUGGUCAACUGUGCCGUUCAAAGUUGCAAAAAUACUUCAGCCAAGUUGAAAAAAGAUAAACAUGGCGUUACUUUUCACAGGUUUCCCCGUGACCCUGACAGACGUCGCCAGUGGGAGAUUUCAGUGAACCGUGAAAAGAACUGGAAUGCUACCACCUCUAGUGUGGUCUGCUCAGAACACUUUGAUGCUCAGGACUUCUACUUGACGGAGAGUGGUCUACGCAGACUUUGUAUUAACGCUGUGCCUAGUCUAAAUAUUUCUGUCUGCCAAACUCCAGCACCAACCAUAUCCAACAAACCAAUAGUAGACAUAAAGCCAACAGAUACAGAAGAAGUUAUACAAUUGAAGUUCAAAGUUCGCAGGCUAGAAGUGAUAGCGGAGAAUAGAAAGAGACGGCUGUAUCUCUUGUGGCAAGGGAGAAAGAGACUGCGGAAAAAGUUAGAUAGUAUGAAAACUAUAAUUAAGCAUUUGAUUAGGCAUAGACAGGACAAACAAGUGUAAGUAAUAGUAAAAACUAAUACUUGUUAGAAUUAAUGUACAGCUAAUUGUUAGUUAUAGUCAUUAUUAAAAUAGUAAAUUUAUGAUUCAAUAUGAAAGAAAAUAUAUCAACACUACAAUAUCAAUAGUAAAAUUGUUAAUGAAAAUUUAGAAAGUUCCCAGUUUUUUUUUUUAAAUUAGACUGGAGUGAAACCAGCAAGCAUACAUUAAUUAAACAAUAAAGAAAAAUCAAGAAACUACUAGGUAAACGUUAACUUUUUAAAAUUUUUAAUGUUGUGAAAUUUAGGAUUAAAAUACUUAAGUACUUUUACUUUGUAUACUAAAUCAUGGCAAAAAUUACUCAAUGUUAAUUAAGUAUCUACCUACAAUGAUGAUUUACUAAACCUAUAAUAUUUAUUAUCAAAAGGUACUAGUAACCAUCAAUUGAAAUGUUUUCCAAAUUGGAUAAACCCACUAAGGGAAUUCAGCAAAUGAUUCAAGUUCAGGCAAAUUUUACGAUAGUUCGGAAUUUUUGACGGCCUGGUGCGGUUUUCACGUGGUAAGUGCAGAGGUCUUAUUAGUGGAAGGUCCCGGGUUCGAUUCCCGGCAGGGGUUUGGA